GCUAAUUAUUGUAACUUUCUCACGUUAAUUUUAUUUUGGAUUUGUCGAAAAAUGAAAAUGAAGUAUGAAUAAAAACACAGAACGGUGAAAUCGAAAACAAAACGUCACGACAAACUUGACAAUUCGCAAAUUCGCAGAACUCAUCUUUCAUCGCUGUCCCGUCAGCGAAAAAAAAAUGAGUAGCGAAAAAACACAAUUUUGAGCUUAUUGAUAGGCGUUCCACAAACAAACAGGAAAAAAUAUGCAAGGUAUGAUAAUCCUAUCAAAAUAAACGUAGAUCCUUGCGAAAAUACAAAACACCUCCUUCAAAAAAACGUAUUACGAUCUAGGGGAAUUAUUGCGUCAACGUUUAUCAGCAUGAUGCAACUGCUAUUCGAUCGCUGAUUGGUCGAUUUUCUUUAGCAAUGCCAGGCUUAUCAUCGGAGCCUCUCCGUGCGAAAAGUUUACUUCGAGCAAAUCUCGAAAAGCCGCAUUCAGACGUGCACUUGCAGAGCAGAAUGCCAAACAUCAAAGUUUUCAGCGGGACUUCGCACCCCGACUUGGCGCAAAGGAUCGUAGAUAGACUGGGAAUAGAUCUGGGAAAGGUAGUCACUAAGAAAUUCAGCAAUUUGGAAACAUGCGUGGAAAUAGGCGAGUCGGUCAGAGGCGAAGAUGUGUACAUUGUCCAGUCAGGAUGCGGAGAGAUCAACGACAAUCUUAUGGAGCUGUUGAUCAUGAUAAAUGCGUGCAAAAUCGCAUCGGCUAGCCGUGUAACAGCCGUCAUUCCUUGUUUCCCGUAUGCCAGGCAAGACAAAAAAGACAAGAAUCUCACAAGCGAUAAAGAACGCCAUGUGGAAAAAUGGAAGUCAAUCGAAUGGAAAUUCAGGAGCCGUGCUCCGAUCUCAGCCAAACUGGUGGCCAACAUGCUAUCAGUGGCAGGUGCCGAUCACAUUAUCACGAUGGAUCUGCAUGCCUCCCAGAUCCAGGGUUUCUUCGACAUUCCCGUGGACAAUUUGUACGCCGAGCCAGCCGUAUUGAAGUGGAUCAAGGAAAACAUCGUCGAAUGGAGGAACUGCGUCGUCGUAUCGCCAGAUGCUGGCGGCGCGAAGAGGGUCACUUCAAUUGCUGACAGGUUGAAUGUCGAGUUCGCGUUGAUCCAUAAGGAGAGGAAGAAGGCUAACGAGGUAGCUUCGAUGGUGUUGGUAGGCGACGUAAAAGACAAAGUGGCCAUCCUAGUCGACGACAUGGCCGAUACGUGCGGUACUAUCUGCCACGCGGCCGAGAAACUGACCGAAGCCGGUGCCACCAAGGUGUACGCCAUCUUGACGCACGGCAUCUUCUCAGGACCGGCGAUAUCCAGAAUCAACAACGCUUGUUUCGAAGCGGUUGUCGUCACUAAUACCAUUCCACAAGACGGACACAUGAAAGAUAGUUCAAAGGUCCAGUGUAUCGACGUAUCGAUGAUGUUUGCAGAGGCAGUCAGGAGGACGCAUAACGGAGAAUCAGUAUCAUAUUUAUUCUCUAAUGUUCCCUAUUAGUUUUAGCGAUUUUAAACUAUCUCUAUAUUGCCACUGUCUGGCAAGCAACUGUAUAGCAAUUAUUGUUUUUCUAUUAAAUUUAUAUAAGGCCAAUUACGAAGUUUUGUUUGUAAUUUACGACACAGCCAAGAGUUGAUAUUUUUUUAUAAAUUUUUUAUUGUACUCGACGUGUAAGUCUGCUGAAUAAAAUUUAAAAUCGUAGCUCAAAA